UGCUGUGGCGAAGCGGCGGCUCCCGGCACGAUGUUGGUCGUCAGCCUGGCCGCCGCUCUGCUGCUUUGUAGCAGCGCCCUGCCCGUCCCCGGAACCCCGCAGCCACAGAGACGGGACUGGCUGCAGAAGGUGAAUUUCCAUUUUCCAAAGCAGAAGAGUGAGAGGAAGUCGCUCUCUUUGCUCAGUGAUCUGUUCCUGCCAACGGUUGUUUUCCGACACCGUGCUGAAGAAGGGCCAAGUCUGCUUAACCCUCUCCGCUGUGGUGUCCCUGACCCACCCCCAGGGAAGUCCGGCCACUGGUGGCAUGGCAACGGCAAACGGAAGAGACGCUUUGUAAUUUCAGGAGGAAGAUGGAAGAAAACUGAUCUGACCUACAAAAUUGUACGGUUUCCUUGGCAACUGAGUCAAGUGAAAGUAAGGCGCACCAUUGCUGAAGCAGUGAGAAUGUGGAGUGAUGUCACCCCCUUAACAUUCACAGAGGUGCAGGAUGCAAGUGCCGAUAUUAUCAUUGAAUUUACAAGGUAUUGGCAUGGAGAUAACCUGCCAUUUGACGGGCCAGGUGGGGUGCUGGCACAUGCCUUCUACCCCCAGACCCCGCAGGAGGGAGACAUUCACUUGGACUACGAUGAGCUGUGGACCACAGACAGUGACAAGGGUAUUGAUCUCCUACACGUGGCAGCUCACGAGUUUGGCCACGUCCUUGGCCUGCAACACUCACAGGUCCCAAAGUCUCUGAUGGCACCGUUCUACACUUUCCGCUACCCACCGAGUCUGGCAGAGGACGACAGACAGGGGAUCCAGUACUUGUACGGCCAGGCUCAGCACAAAGGAAGCAGCUUCUCCGAUCAGGACACCGAAAUGAACGAGUUGCCCAGCCUUGGCUCUCCAGGAAAAGAGCCGGAGGCCUGUGACACGGACUUUGACGCGGUCUCGAUGAUCCGCGGGGAGCUCUUCUUUUUUAAGUCCAAGUACGUGUGGAGAUUGAGAAACAGACAGCUUCAGCCUGGUUACCCAGCUCUGGCCUCCCAGCACUGGUGGGAGUUCCCUGACUACAUCGACGCAGGGUUCGAGGACGCUGACGGCAACUUCUGGGUUUUUCAAGGUUCCAGUUACUGGGUCUAUGACGGAGAAGAGAGAGUACUGGGGCCCAAGCUGAUCUCUGACCUGGGACUCCCCGCGACACCGGUGCAAGCUGCUCUGAUGUGGGGUUUGGAGAUGAAUACGAUCUAUCUCUUUAAAGGAAACCAUUAUUGGCAGUUCAAUGUGAACAAGAAGUCUGUGGAAAGCGCUUACCCACAUAGCACCAACGAGUGGCGAGGACUCCCUCCCAACAUCGAUGGAGCAUUCCAGGAUGAGUACGGCUAUGCUUACUUUCUUCGAGGGAGGGAUUACUGGAAGUUUGACCCUGUUCAAGUGAAGAUACAAGAGCACCAUCCAAGGCUGAUAGGCCAAGACUUUUUUGGAUGCCCUUCACCCGGUCACAUACGUGACACUUCGGCUUAAAGCUCCUAGAUCUGCUCUUGGUGACUGUUCUGAUCCUGACUGUGAGCUUCUUGUCUAACUCUUCACUUUGGAUAUUUCCAUUCCCACUUUUCUGGGAUUUUUUUGUGGAUGGUGACCCAGAGUUGGAUUGAAUCUUGGGAUACAAGAAGAUGGAAGGAGGAUUCAGCACAGCUGUGUGUUGGAAUGAGAGCUCCACCUGGAUUAGGGAGUUGCCGCUUCUCCUCCAUUCAUUGCAGGACAAUAUCCAGUGUUCUGGAAGAUCUCAUCUGCUGAUCAGCAGAAAACUACAAUCUACUGCUGACCCUCACCAUGUUACACGGCAUCUGUGCGUCAGACAGCACAGAGAAAGGCCCUCAGCCUACUGAGCCCAUGCUGUCUACCAAGCUCCCAUUAUACUCAUCCCAUUGUAUUCUCCCCACAUUCCAUCGACCACCCCCUUAUUCUACCACUCACCUACAUACUGGGGGCAAUUUACAUUGGUUAACCACACAACCACAUUUUUAGGACGUGGGAGGAAACCAGAGUAACUGGAGGAAGGUCACACAGAGAAUGUGCCCAGAACUCCAUGCAGACAGCUCCGGGUUCAUCCCUGACUGACCCUUGCUGUGAGGUAGAAGCUACUGUAUUGACAUUAUUUUGGUCCUCGGUUAACAUUGGAGAGGGAGAAAUCAUACUGCUUUUGAAGGCCUAAAAUGUGAUUUAGAGGCUAACCUUCUUGGUCCUACUGGACAGGAAUGUCCAGUGCAGAAUGUCCUACACAGGGACAGGAAUGUCCUACACAAGGACAGGAACGAUGGGAGGAACGAACACAUUGGUAAACUGUGGCCACAUCAGUAAACCUGGGCAACUUCAUGGGGAGCCAGGUGUGCUGACCGAGAAGGCAGCAAUUCAAAGUUUAGUUGGUGAAAUUCUCCUCGGAGGUCAGGGCCAGGUUAUCAUAAGGCUCGCCCACAGUAUUUGAUUACAAACCCACCAGCAACUUGACCACAUAAAACUUAAUGAUCAAACAAAAUUGCAUCACACCCCUUUGCCUCAUUCAGUAGUUUCUACCCUUGUACUUGGUGAAUCACAGAAUUAGUUCAAUGUUUGACCUGGGCUGAGUUUGCUCCAAUACAAAUAGCAGAGUUUGAGCAGUGAACCAGCACCAAGAAACCUCCUCCUUCCUUCACAGAACAGUAACACAAGUCUAAAGGAGUCACAAAAGCCACUGACCCCACAUCACGCUGAGAUCAGGCGAGUGAUGCAGCAUAUCAGAGAAGCACAAGGUUAAUGGGACCACACAUUAGUGACAGAAGGUCAAAGACAAAAUGAAACAUAGUGAAAAGAAGUAAAUGGGGAAACAGUUCACAAUUAAACAUGGAAAGGUUCAGUACAGGAACAGGCCGUUAUGCCAAAUGAAACUACUCCCAUCUGCCUGAACACGGUGAUGUGUAUAAAUGACUUGGAUGAAAAUGUGGAAGGGUAGGUUAGUAAGUUUGCAGAUAUUACAAAGAUUGGUGGUGUUGUGGAUAGUGUAGAAGGUUGCCAAAGGAUACAGCGGAAUAUAGACCAGAUGCAGAUAUGGCCAAUUGUGAGGUGUUGCACUUUGGGAGAUCAAAUGUAAAGGGACGGUACAGAGUUAAUGGCAGGAGCCUUAACAGUGUUGAUCUGCUGAGGGAUCUUGAGGUCCAAGUCCAUAGCUCCUUGAAAGUGGCUGCACAGGUUGACAGGGUGCUAAAGAAGGCAUAUGGCGUGCUUGCCUUUUUUAGUCGAGGCACUGAGCUCAAGAGUUGGGAAGUUACAUUACAGCUUUUUAAAACUCUGGUUAGGCUGCAUCUGAAGCACUGCACUCAGUUCUGGUCGCCCCAUUACAGGAAGGGUGUGGAGGCUUUGGAGAGGGUGCAGAAGGGUUUUAGCAGGAUGCUCCCUGGAUUAGAGGGCAUAUGCUAUGAGAGAUUGGACAAACUUGGGUUGUGUUCUCUGGAGCGGCGGAGGCUGAGGAGAGACCUGAUAGAGGUUUAUAAGAUUAUGAGAGGCAUAGAGAAGGGAGUAAGUCAAGGAGAUGUGUGGAGCAAGUUUUUUACACAGAGAGUGGUGGGUGCCUGGAAUGCACUGCCGGGGUGGUGGUGGAGGCAAAAAUGCUCAAGAGUCUCUUAGACAGGCACAUGGAUGUGCGGAGAAUGGAGGGAUACGGACAUUGUGUAGGCAGAAGGGAUUCGUUUAGUUUGGCAUUUAAUUACAUGUUUAAUUGGUUCAGCACAACAUUGUGGGCUUUAGGGCCUGUUCUGUGUUCCAUAUCCCUCCAUUUCUUUUAUGUUCACGCGUUUGUCUAAAUGUCUCUUAAACUAUUAUACCUGCUUCCACCGUGCCCCCUGAUAGCACCUUCCAGGCGCCUCUGUGUGAAAAGCCUUGCCCCACACAUCUCCCUUAAACUUUCCUCCCUGUCUCAUCUUAAACCUGUGCCUUCCAGUGUUUGACAUUUCUACCCUGGGAAAGAAACUCUGACUAUGCCUUUCAUUAUUUUAUUACUUCAGUCAGGUCUCCUCUCAGCCUCCAACCCUCCAGAGAAAACAACCCAAAUUUAUCCAACCUCUCCUUAUAGCUCAUACUCCUCUACACCCUCUCCAAAGCCUCCACAUCCUGUAACAGGACGACCAGAACAGAACUCAGUACUCCAAAAGUGGCCUAACCAAAGUGCAACGUGACUUCUUGACUCUUGUACUCAAUGCCCCGACCAAUGAAGGCAAGCAGGCCGUAAGCCCUACCACACUAUCAACCUGUGCCUUCACUUACAGGGAGCUGUGGACUUGGACCCCAGGAUCCCUCUGUACAUUGACAGGAGUGCAAUGGACACACACAUCACAAAGACGUGACUAAUAGCAACACACUUCACUGUAACAGGUGGUCAGUCGUUCCAAACAUCACAGUAACAUAAGGCCGUACCAGGCUGCUUUGCCUUCCAUCAGGAUCAUAGCUGCUUUUCUCCCUCAGCACCAUUUUCCUGGACUACCCCUACAUUCCUGGAUCCUCUGAAUAUCCAGAAAUCUAUUGAUCUCUGCUUUGAAUGAACACACCACCUUAUCCUCCACAGCCCUCCGGGACAGAGAAUUCCAAAGCUUCACCACCUUCUGAACGAAGAAAAUUCUCUUUAUCUUCGUCCUAAAUGGCCUAUCCCUGCUUCUCAAGUUCUGCCCUCAGGUCCUAGAUUUCUCUGUCAGGGGAAACAUCUUCCCAACAUCCCAACUAUGAAGCCCUUUCAGAAUUGUGUAAGCUCCAAGAUUGCCUCUCAUUCUUCUAAACCUUAAAGAACAUAGUCCCAGCCAGUUCAGUAUGGCAAACCCACCGGCCCUGGAACCAGUCAAGUGAAUCUUUUUCUCUACUCCCUCUGUACUUCCUUUCUUGGGUAAAGAGAGGAAAUGUCAUUGGGGGCAGAUACCAAAAGAUCCCACACAUCACAGUGACUUGUGGUCAGCAGAGCCACAGCGCAGAGGUGAGUGGUUCAUGGCCACUUCAUUUCAUUAAGUCUCAUUUUGCUGCAGUGUGUGGCCAUGAACCACCCCCACACGAUGAGGCAAGAUUCGGCAUUGGGCCACAGAGUGAGGCUUUUUAUAUCUCUGCCAGUGAAUCGUAGAGUUACACAGUCUCAUCCCAUCUUGUAGCAGUGACUCUGUAACCCUGCAGGACAUGCAGCACCUCUAGUCUCACCACUGUUUAAAUAUGUGAGGGUUUGUUUAUGUGCUGGGCAUGGACUGGUUGGGUUGAAGGGCCUGUAUCUGUGCCGUACUGCUUCAUGAUUCUUGCCAGCAGUGCGUUUCCUCCAGGUGAAAAAAAAACAUUUACUCAUUUUCUCUUUAAUACUUCAAUUAAAUGUCUUAAAUCUACAUCCAAUAGUUUUGGCAGCUCGUUUCUGGGAUCAGGGCAUCGCUGGUCAGGCCAGUGUUUAUUGCUGCCCCUAACUGCCCUUCCUGAACUGCUGCAGUCCUUCCGGUGAGAUCAGGAUCCCACAGUGAUCCUGGAGAUCCAGCAACAAUGAAGGAAGAGCAAUGGAUUUCCAAGUCACAAGGGUCUGUGGAUUGCACGGAUGUCUCCAGCUGAUGGCUGAGGUUAGGGUUAGGGAGGUGCUGGCCGAGUAGUCUGGCAAAGUGCAUUCUGUAGAUGGUAUGCACUGCAGUCACUGUCCUGGUGUUGAAGAAUGGAUAUUGAGGAUGGUGGUUGGGGGCAAAUCAAGCAGGCUACUUUCUGCUGGAUGGUCCUUGAGCCAUGGAGAGAUACAGCAAGGAAACAGGCCGCUUGGCCAACCAGUCUGUGCAAACCAUCAAGCACCCAGCUACACUAACCCUAUCCUUCCUCUUGCAUUCCCCAGAGGAAACCCCUCAAUCGCAGUGAAAACAUGCACACUCCACACCGACAGCACCCGAGGUCGGGAUUGAACCUGGGUCGUUGGAGUUGGGAGCAGCAUUGCUGACCACUGUGCCAGCUUGGUAUCAAGCUUCUGGAGUUACUGCAUUCAUUUGGACAAGUGGAGAGUUUACUAUCACGCUUCUGAAAUGUGCUGUGUAGGGGUGGAAAGGCCUUGGGUAUCAGGAGGCGAGUUGCUCACCCCUGGAGACACAACCUCAGAAGGCUCUUGUAACCACAGUAUUUAUGUGGCUGAAAGCCAAAAAACUUCCAUCUGAAACAAAAUCAGAAAUAGCUGGAGACACUCACCAGAUCAGGCAGCAUCUGUGGAGAGAGAAACAGAUUUGACGAAAGGUCUUUGACCUGAAACAUUAACUCUGUUUUUAUUUAUGUGGCAGGUCCAUUUGGGUUUCUGGUCAGUUGUGACCCCUAAGAUAUUGGUGGUAGGGUCUCGGUAGUGCUAAUGCCAUUGAUUGACCAGGGUAGGGGGAUAGAAUUUCUCUUAGAGUCAUAAAGCACAGAAGAAGGCCCUUACGCUCAACUUGUCGAGUAGGUAACAAUGAGGUAGUUUUCUCUUGUAAAACAUUAAGUCCCCAUGGGAUAUACCCCAUGUUAUUGAGAGAGGUGAGAGAUGAGAUUGCUGGGGUCUUGAUCAAAAUCUUUGUAUCUUCACUAGCCACAGGCGAGGUCCCAGAGGACUGGUGAGUAGCUGAUGUUGUUUCUUUGUUCAAGAAAGGAAAUAGGGAUAAUCCUGGAAAUUAUAGACUGGUAAAUCUCAUGUCUCUGUGGUAGGGAAACUAAUAGAGAGGAUUCUUAGGGAUAGGAUUUAUGAGCACUGGGAGAAGCAUGGUCCAAUUAGGGACAGUCAGCAUGGCUUUGUGUGGGGCAGGUCACUUCUGACUAAUGUGAUUGAGUUUUUUGAGGAGGUGACGAAGGUGUUUGAUGAAGGUAGAGCUGUGGAUAUUGUCUACGUGGAUUUUAGUAAGGUGUUUGAUAAGGUCCCUCAUGGGAGGCUCAUCCAGAAAAUUAGGUUGCAAGGGAUCCGCAGUGACUUGGCUGAUUGGAUCCAAAAUGGGCUUGUCAAUAGAUAGAGGGCAGUGGUGGGUGAGUCUUGUUCUGGAUGGAGGUCCGUGACCAGUGGUGUUCCGUGGGGAUCUGUACAGGGACCUCUGCUGUUUGUCAUUAUAUAUACAAAUAAUUUGGAUGGAAAUAUGGGUGGGUGGGUGCGUGAGUUUGCUGAUGACACAAAGAUGGGUGGCAUUGUGGAUUGCAUAGUAGAUUACCAAAGGAUACAGGGUUACAUCGGUUGCAGAUAUGGGUGGAGAAAUGGCAGAUAGAGUUUAAUCCGGGCAGUGUGAGGUGCUGCACUUUGGGAGAUCCAACAUAAAGGGAGAGCACACAGUUAAUGGCAGGAUCCUUAACAGUGUUGAUGAACAGAGGGAUCUUGGGGUCCAGGUACGUGGCUCCCUAAAAGUGGCCACACAGGUUGAUGGGGCAGAAAAGAAGGCGUAUGGCAUGCUUGUCUUCAUUGGUCAAGGCACUGAGUUCAAGAGUCAGGAAGUUAUGUUACAGCUUUAUAAAACUCUGGUUAGCCCACAUUUAGGGUAUUGCAUUAAAAUCUGGUCACCUGAUUAGGGGAAGGAUGUGGAGGCUUUGGAGAGGGUACAGAAGAGGUUCACCAGGAUGCUG